GUUUGAUUGAUUCAUUAUCGUGCAAGAAUCUUGUAUCGACUCUGCAUCGUAUGUGAACGAGGAACAGUAUUCAGUGCAAUAAGAUUUCGUCACGACUGGACUCGGUACAAAGGAAGCCCAAUUUGAUAUACUGAAGGCUUUGGAGAGACGACAUGAAAUGGUCGAAGGCAUGUUCUAUCGGUGAAUCAAAACUAGAAGCUGGUGAGACUAGGGAUGCUAUACGAUACUUGAAAAAGGCCCUGAUGAUUGCACAAAAGAAUGGCUCCAAACAGGAAGAAACUGUCACGCUAGCAAAACUGGCUAAAGUUUACUGUGAUAUAGAAAAUUAUCACGAGGCUGCUGAUUGCUAUGAGAAGGGACUGGAAAUAGUACAAGAGACUGGUGACAAGAAACUAGAGUGUGCGAUGUGUAAUAGCAUUGGCGCUGCGUGUGAAAAACUGGGAGAUUAUGAAAAGUUUAUGGAGUAUUCAAAACAAGGCUUCAAUGUUGCAUUAAGAAUCGGUGACUCUAGACUUACUGCAGAUUCUUAUGAAGGUCAAUGCCCUGUGUGACUAUCAAAAUAGUAUUAAGUGCUAUAAAAAAGCUAUUGAUUUGUUCAAACGACUGAAUGAUGAAGAAAGAUUAGGGCUUUGUUAUGGAAACAUGUCAUUAUCCUAUCAAAAGCAAGGAAAGUACCAUGAUGUAAUUCGUCUAUUAGAAGAGAGUCUCAGGAUAAGUGUUAAAAUUGGAAGAAAAGAAGAGCAGGCGACUGACUUACUUAACUUGGGAUCAAUAUACACAACGUUGAAUGAUUAUGAUAAGGCCAUCGAGAUGUUCCAGAAAAGUCUUGCUAUCAGUAUAGAGAUCGGUAAUAAAGGUCUGCAAGCAAAAUGUUAUGGUAGCCAGGGAAAUGUUUUGUUUCAUUAUUGUGAAAAAUAUUCAGAAGYCAUYRUGUAUUAUCAGAAAUGCUUAGACAUUUCAAAAGAAAUCGAUGAUAAACAAUCACAAUCGGUCGCCUUAUUAAACAUUGGCAAAUGCUUAACGGGAUUACAUCGAUACGAAGAGGCGAAGAAACAAUACCACAAUAGUCUUGCUCUUGCUAAAGAAUUAAAUGACAAAUAUAGUGAGGCAAGAAUUUAUCAUGCUAUGGCUGUAAUCAAUAUUAGCAAAAAUCAAUUUCAAACUGCUUUAACUUUAUUAGAGAAAUGCCUUGACAUCGCUUCGACUAUUGGCAAUAAAGAUCUUGAGGGCAUAGCAUGCUCUAAUUUAGGUCAAGUAUACUAUUCAUUACACAAAGAGAACCAAGGACAUCAAACAUGUCAUAAUACUGAUGAUAAUAUAGCUAAAUCAGAAGAAUACUUGAGGAAGGCACUUGAUUGUUAUGACUUUUUGUUUCUACAUCUCCAUCAACAUGAUGAUUUCAAAGUCUCUAUUUUUGAAACAUUCAUUCAAGCGUACAAGCUACUCACCACCGUGCUCAUCGAGACAGGGAAACCACAAGAGGCUCUGUUAGUAUCUGAUGGUAGACGAGCACGUGCUUUAGGAGAUCGCUUGGUCUUCAAAUACGGUAUGAUUCAAAAAGAAAUGUCAUUGCCUAAGCCACUAACCUAUUCUGAUGUGGAGGCGAUCUUCUUUAAAGAUGUCUUCUCGAUACUGCAUUACAGCUUGCUACUAGUAAGCAACAGUUUGGCUGUGUGGGUUUUAGCUAAAGACUCACUGAUGUUCAGAGAAACUGAAAARGAACAAUUUGAUUCUGCCAUAGAAACAUUGACUCAAGAAAAGAAAGAUGAUGAUGAAAACUCCAUUAAACGUUUCUUUACUUCUACGGUUUCAAGAGUAUAUGAAAUGAUGAAAAUCCAAGAAAGCGUCACAUGUGAAAACAGAUCACUUGAUGAUUGCGUUACAUCGAAAGAUCACGUCACUACAAAAGCUUSUGAAUCUCUGUCACGUGAUGAUGGUACCAAUGAAGAGAACCUCGAUAAAGCGUCUCACCCACUGGAAAUGUUGUACAAUUGUUUAGUUGCACCUGUCCUAUCAGACGUACGACACGACGAGAUUGUCAUAGUACCCGAUGGAMCAAUGUAUAGGGUACCAUUUGCAGCCCUCAGGGAUCCCAACACAGGACAGUAUCUGUCAGACACCAAACGCAUUCGCCUUGCGCCAUCAAUAGCUAUAUCAAAGGUUCUAAAAGAAUGUUCAGUGGAUAAUCACAGCCAAAAAGGAGCGUUGAUUGUAGGAGAUCCCAGUGUUGGAGAAGUCAUGUUCAGAGGAAAGAAACGAAUGUUUGAACGUCUACCGUCAGCAAAUAGGGAAGUCAGUUUUCUUUCUUACAAACUGGGGCAAACAGCGUUGACUGGUGAGCAAGCUACCAAAGACGCUGUGUUGCGCAAAUUGCAAGAGGGAUCAGCUGUGAUUCACAUUGCUGCUCACGGGAGCUCUGACAAUGGUGAAAUAGCGCUAGCACCAAAUGUCUCACCAGAAAGACAAGGUAUCCCAGAAGAAGAUGACUACCUGUUGACGAUGAGGGAAGUCCAACAAAUCGGAAUCAAAGCUCAACUUGUUGUGCUAAGCUGUUGCUAUAGAGUGGUCGUGGAGAGAUCAGGGCUGAGGGCAUGAUUGGACUUAGUCGUGCUUUUCUUGCGUCCGGAGCUCGUUCUGUCGUAGCGUCAUUGUGGGCAAUCGAUGACAGUGUAACUUAUAGUUUCAUGGUAAGUUUUUACAGUUAUCUGACUCGAAGUGAAAGUGCAAGUGUAAGUCUUCAUAAAGCCAUGCAUGAUAUUAGAAAAGAAGGCCACAGGGAUCCCAUGUACUGGGCUCCUUUCUUCUUGAUCGGUGAUGAUGUCAUCCUGAAUUUGAGGUAAAAAGUGUCUUACUUUUCAUGACUCUUUAUGCAUGUAAUGAUAGGAAACUGUUAAAUACUUGAUGUUUAUAGUAUUAUUUCUACCAACAAGUCUAAUCAUUCUAGCAACUAUUCAAUUGUUUUCUUUGAUGUCGAUUUUAACAUCACACUUUCAUAGUUAGAUUAUUUUGUUUGACAUGUUUUGAGUUGAAACACAGAGUGAGGUCAUUAAAGCCGUGAAACAAAAUUUGACUAGGAAAAUGUGAUGGUCAAAUACACAUAAAAGAAUACAAUGCACAUCGAGCAUGCUUUGAUGUGUUAGUGUAAUAUACAGGUUUUUGACUCGAAAAACUUUCAAAUGUUUAAAUAAGAUUUGACUAUUAAAAUGUGUGAUGUCAAAAGACAAAUGAAGAAAACAAUGCAAUUUGAGAGCACUAAGUAGCAGUAUGGUUUAUACUACAUUGACUUCACUCUAUAUUUCAUCGUUUUAGUGUUCUGAGGUGUAUUAGUGUGUAAUCUACUAAUCACGAUUUUUAGACUUCACUCAUAGACACUAUUAAACACAGACGGUUAGUGUCCUUACAUUUGACCCGUGAAACGCUAACUGUUAUUAUGUAAUACUCCAGCUGAACGAAACGAAAACAACUAAAGUUGAUUUCAUUUGACGGUUAAAGAUUAUCAAGCUAUGAAUCUAUUGUUUCACCAACAAAUGCUAACUAAAUGGUCAUUUUCAUUACAUGGUCAAAGACUCCAGUAGUCUGGUAAUUUUUUCACGGGUUAACGACUCUAAUCGUCAGUAUGGUCAACUGUGUUUAUUAUUGUCAUAUUGGCCGAUGUUUUUUUAUGGCUUCACUGGGUGAAGUACUGUGUUUAAGUGUAGUAGAUAUUUCACAAUGUCUGGACAAAAACCCAUCUACAGUUUUCAGUUGACUGGGAGAGAUGCAGAUUGUCCUUGAUGAUCGCAAUGAACAAAAGAUCCAAAGAUGUAUAUAAAUAAAAGUACGCUAAGUAUUA